AAAACAACGCCCGUAGCAGUCCACACAAACCACACUACGCACAGCAGCAACAGGUCACGUGAACGUUAGAGUGACACGUGCGCGUCCAAAAGUUUUUUCCUUUUGCGCAGGUUCGCAAAAUUUUGUGCCGUCGCCAAUCGCGAGAUCCUGAGCUUUUGCACUCUUCAACCACCCUCAACCCGAAUAUCUCUUUUAUAACAAUCAGAAAGCAUGAGGCCGAUUCUGCUGAAAGGACAUGAGCGUCCAUUGACCAAGCUCAAAUACAACAGAGAGGGCGAUUUACUGUUCACCACCGCUCGUGACAAGAUUGUCAAUGUGUACUACUCACACAACGGUGAACGGUUAGGAACUUACAUGGGCCACCAGGGUGCCCUCUGGGAUGUCGACGUUGAUCCGACCUCCACCCUUCUCGUCACCGGCGCUGCCGACAACACCGUCAAGCUCUGGGAAGUCAGCACCGGCCGCUGCCUGCAGACCUGGGAGUUCAACACCGCCGUCAAGGUCUCGACCUUCAACGAGGACGCCGACAGACUGCUCGUCGUCACCGAAGCGCGAAUGGGUUUCCAGGGAACGAUCCACGUCUACCCGUUCGUCAUCGACUUGGAAGCCAAGCAGGCGACGGAGCCGAUCCUGACAAUCACCUCGCCCGAAAACAAGUUCACAAAAGCCGGUUUCUCAUAUCUGAGCAAAUACAUCAUCGCCGGCCACGCCGACGGCUCGGUCUCGCAGUACGACGGCAAGACCGGAGAGCUGCUCAAGAACGUGCCCGUGCAUGACAAGGAAAUCACUGACCUGCAGUUCGCGCCCGACAUGACCUACUUCAUCACCACAUCCAAGGACAAGACCGCUCGUAUCCUCGACACCAAGAACCUCAAGAUCAUGAAGACCUACACCGCUGACGCGCCCCUCAACACCGGCGCAAUCACCCCAAAGAAGGAUUUCAUCAUCCUCGGCGGUGGCCAGGACGCAAAGGACGUGACCACCACCACAAGCCGACAAGGAAAGUUCGAAGCCAGAUUCUACCACAAGAUCUUUGAAGACGAAAUCGGCCGUCUCAAGGGUCACUUUGGCCCUCUCAACCACAUCGUCGUCCACCCGGCCGGCACUGGCUUUGCCUCUGGUGGUGAGGACGGAUACGUUCGCGUGCAUCAUUUCGACAAGUCGUACUAUGACUUUUUGUAUGACGUCGAGCGUAUGCGCCCGGAGAACUAGAAAGCGCUAAACAAAAUUUGAUACGGGAGAGAGUGGAGAAAGAUAGAAAAUAAAAAACCGUUCUAUCAUAAGUUAUCGCUAGUAUUCAUGUAAUGUACCUUUUUCACGCGCAAUUUGGGUUGUACUUUUGAUGUUUUGUAUCGUCGUUUCAAAAUCUUUGUCGUUUAUAGUCGCAUAAUAAUUCGGAUUAUUAUCGUUCACAACAUCUCUUUCCUUC